UCACAACAUCAUUACGAUUAUGGGAUGCGAGCGGUCAAAUCCGUGCUGACAGCAGCAGGGAACUUGAAACUAAAAUAUCCUGAAGAAAAUGAAAGCGUGUUGUUGCUCAGAGCUCUGUUGGAUGUUAACUUAGCUAAAUUUUUGGCCCAAGAUGUUCCUUUGUUUCAGGGAAUCAUAUCUGAUUUGUUUCCUGGAAUUGUCCUUCCGCAACCUGAUUACGUCCUCUUCAUCCAGGCAUUGAAUCAGAAUAUUGAGAAAAUGAAUCUUCAACCAGUUCCCUGGUUUAUUGGGAAAAUUAUUCAGAUUUAUGAGAUGAUGAUGGUACGUCACGGCUUCAUGAUUGUGGGUGAACCAAUGGGUGGCAAAACCUUUGCAUAUAAAGUGCUCGCUGCCGCUCUCGGUGAUUUGAGCCACGAACCAUCAAUGGAAGAGGUUGCCGUUGAAUACAAAAUUAUCAACCCGAAAGCGAUCACCAUGGGGCAGCUGUAUGGCUGUUUUGAUCCCGUUAGCCACGAAUGGACAGACGGCGUUCUUGCAAACACUUUCAGAGAGCAGGCCUCCUCCACCAACGAGGACAGAAAGUGGAUUAUUUUUGACGGGCCGGUUGAUGCCGUUUGGAUCGAAAACAUGAAUACCGUCUUAGACGAUAACAAAAAGUUGUGCUUGAUGAGCGGGGAGAUCAUUCAGAUGAGCGCACAAAUGAGCCUAAUCUUUGAGCCCGAAGAUCUUGAACAAGCUUCCCCAGCAACGGUUAGCAGGUGUGGCAUGAUUUAUAUGGAGCCUCAUCAGCUGGGCUGGAAACCGUUGAAAGACUCUUACCUGAACAUGCUACCUUCAAAUCUACACGACGUGCACAUCGAAUUGGUUGAUGACCUUUUUAUGUGGCUCAUUCAGCCGUCGUUGGAAUUCAUUCGCCACCAUUGCAAAGUCUUGGUCCAGACUUCUCCCAUCCACCUGACCCAUACCAUGAUCACUUUGUUUGAUUCUUUGCUUGAUGAAAUCAGGAGUUCCGAUGAGGAGGAACCAGGAGAGGCCAUGUCCAGCCAGCAGAUAACCUUGUGGCUGCAAGGCCUCUUCCUCUUCUCUCUGGUGUGGACCAUCGGGAGCACGGUAAAUGCCGAAGGACGGAAGAAAUUCGACCAUUUUUACCGAAACCUUUUGAUGGGAAUGGACGAUGAGAACCCUCGCCCCAAAAGCGUGAAGCUGACCAAAACCAAUCUCUUUCCAGAAAGAGGGUCUGUGUAUGACUUUUAUUUCCACAAACAAGCCAGUGGACAGUGGAACACAUGGACAGAUUAUAUCACGAAGGAGGAGCAAGCAAUUGCUGCCGGCGCAAAGGUCUCCGAACUGAUCAUCCCCACCACAGAAACUGCCCGGCAAUCCUUUUUUCUCAAAACUUAUGUGGAGCACGAGAUCCCCUUGCUGUUUGUGGGAGCCACUGGGACAGGGAAAUCGGCCAUCACCAACAGCUUUCUGAUCCAGCUUCCCAAGGCCAAAUAUAUCCCCAAUGUCGUCAACUUCUCUGCCAGGACCUCCGCCAAUCAAACCCAGGAUAUUAUCAUGUCAAAACUGGACAGAAGACGGAAAGGGCUGUUUGGUCCCACCAUAGGAAAAAAAGCUGUCGUCUUUGUAGAUGACUUAAACAUGCCAGCUAAGGAAAUAUACGGGGCUCAGCCCCCAAUUGAACUCCUUCGGCAAUGGAUGAACCACGGCCACUGGUACGAUAAGAAAGAUACCACAAGGUUGGAUAUUGUGGACGUCCUCUUCCUUUCAGCCAUGGGUCCUCCCGGGGGUGGAAGAAACGAUAUUACAGGGCGCUUCCUGCGACAUCUCAACAUCAUCUCUAUCAGCUCUUUCGAUGACGAGGUUUUGACCAAGAUUUUCGCUUCCAUCGUAGACUGGCAUUUCGGCAAAGGCUUUGAGGCCGCCUUCCUAAGGCUGGGCAAAAUGCUGGUCCAUGCAACCAUGAAUAUCUACAAGCUGGCCAUGGAGAACUUCCUUCCCACCCCUUCGAAAUCUCACUACGUCUUUAAUCUGCGUGAUUUCUCCCGGGUGAUUCGAGGGGUGCUGUUGUGCCCGCAUACACAUUUACAGGAUGGAGAAAAGCUGAUCAGGCUUUGGAUUCAUGAAGUUUAUCGGGUUUUUUAUGACCGCUUGAUCGAUGCCGAUGACAGAGAAGUGUUUUUUAAUAUGAUGAAGGAAACGACUUCCGACUGUUUUAAACAGAGUGUCGAUAAGGUACUAAGCCAUCUGUCUCGUACUGGCAAAAUCACGGAUGACAACAUCCGGAGUCUCUUUUUUGGGGACUAUUCCAAGCCAUCCAGUGACAAGAAGGUCUACGAUGAGAUCACGGAUUUGCACAAGCUGACAUCGGUCAUGGAGUACUACCUGGAGGAAUUCAACAACAUCAGCAAGGCUCCCAUGCCUUUGGUCAUGUUUAAGUUUGCUAUCGAGCACAUUUCCCGCAUCUGUCGCGUCCUAAAGCAAGACAAUGGCCAUCUGCUGCUGGUGGGCAUAGGCGGGAGCGGGCGGCAGAGUGCCACUAAGCUGGGCACCUUCAUGAACUCUUACGAGCUCUUCAUGAUUGAGAUCACCAAGUUCUAUGCCAUGAACGAAUGGAGAGAGGACGUUAAGAAGAUCAUGUUGCAAUCGGGGGUGGCCAACAAGAGCACGGUCUUCUUGUUCUGUGACAAUCAGAUCAAAGACGAGUCUUUCGUGGAGGACAUCAACAUGCUUCUGAACACGGGGGACGUGCCUAACAUUUUUGCAGCGGAUGAGAAGGCGGACAUUGUGGAGAAAAUGCAGACCGCGGCGAGGACCGAAGGGAGAAGAAUCGAAGCCACCCCUUUGGCAAUGUAUAACUUUUUCAUUGAGCGUGUGAAGAAAAAUCUACAUAUUGUUCUAGCAAUGAGCCCGAUUGGAGACGCAUUCCGGAAUCGUUUACGGAUGUUCCCUUCGUUGAUCAAUUGUUGCACUAUUGAUUGGUUCCAGAGAUGGCCCACAGAUGCCCUGGAAAUGGUGGCCAAUAAAUUCUUAGAGGAUGUGAAGUUGGAAGAUGAAAUAAGAAAAUCGGUUGUGUUCAUGUGCAAAUAUUUUCAAGAAAGCGUACGGGAACUUUCGGUCAGUUAUUACAACAUUCUUCGAAGGCACAAUUAUGUCACGCCCACAUCCUACUUGGAGUUAAUUCUGACUUUCAAAACCCUGCUCAAUGCCAAAAGGCAUGAGGUGGACCUGAUGAGAAACCGCUACCUUGUGGGCCUUCAGAAACUGGACUUCGCAGCUUCACAAGUAAAAUGAUAGAAGAUUACUGGGGAAGUUCUAAAAAGGUCCUGGGAGAUCUGAAAUUCCUUGAGGGUUUGAAGACAUAUGACAAAGAUAACAUUCCUGCCGUAGUAAUGAAGAGAAUCCGAGAGAGGUUUAUCAACCACCCCGAUUUCCAGCCCGCCGUCAUCAAAAAUGUCUCUUCGGCCUGCGAAGGCUUAUGUAAGUGGGUGAGAGCCAUGGAGGUCUACGACCGUGUCGCCAAGGUCGUUGCCCCCAAGAGGGAACGCCUCCGAGAGGCGGAGGGCUUGCUCGACAUCCAGAUGCAGAAACUCAACACGAAGCGCGCGGAGCUCAAGACCCUGAUGGACCGUCUCCAAGCUCUGAACGACGAGUUUGAAGAGAUGAAUAACCGGAAGAAAGAGCUGGAGGACAACAUUGAGAUAUGCUCCCAGAAGCUGAUCCGAGCCGAGAAACUGAUCAGCGGAUUAGGGGGCGAAAAGGAGAGGUGGACGGAAGCCGCCCGCCUGCUGGGAAUCCGCUACACCGAUCUGACAGGAGACGUCUUGUUGUCUUCGGGGACGGUGGCUUAUCUGGGGGCCUUCACUGUGGAUUACCGUCUGGAAAGUCAGCAGAAGUGGCUGGCCUUAUGCAAGGAGAAGAAUAUCCCUUGCUCAAACGAUUUCAGCCUGAGUAAUACUUUAGGGGAUCCCGUCAAGACCCGUGCCUGGCAGAUUGCAGGGUUGCCCAUCGAUUCCUUCUCGAUCGACAACGGCAUCAUUGUGUCCAACUCGCGACGAUGGGCGCUCAUGAUCGACCCUCAAGGACAAGCCAACAAGUGGGUCAAGAACAUGGAAAAGGGCAACAAACUCUCGGUCAUCAAGUUAUCCGACACCAACUACGUCAGGUCGUUGGAGAACGCCAUCCAGUUUGGAACGCCGGUCCUCCUUGAAAAUAUUGGCGAGGAGCUGGACGCUUUCCUGGAGCCUGUUCUGCUAAAGACAACGUUCAAGCAGCAGGGAGUUGAGUACAUGAGACUGGGGGAGAACAUCAUCGAGUUCUCCAAAGACUUCAGGUUUUACAUCACCACCCGUUUGAGGAACCCUCACUACCUCCCUGAAGUGGCGGUCAAGGUUUGCCUGCUCAAUUUUAUGAUUACACCUCUGGGACUCCAGGACCAGCUCCUUGGGAUCGUGGCCGCCAAAGAAAAACCAGAACUGGAAGAGAAGAAGAACAAGCUGAUCAUCGAGAGUGCGGCGAACAAGAAGCAGCUGAAGGAAAUUGAAGACAAGAUCCUGGAGGUCCUCUCCAAGUCGGAAGGAAACAUCUUGGAAGAUGAGACGGCCAUCAAAGUUCUCUCCUCUUCCAAACAACUGUCAGAAGAAAUCUCUGAGAAGCAAGAAAUCGCCAGUAUGACGGAGAUCGAGAUCGACGCUACGCGGAUGGGAUACAAGCCUGUGGCAGUCCAUUCCGCAACCGUCUUCUUCUGCAUUUCUGACCUGGCGCACAUCGAGCCGAUGUACCAGUAUUCCUUGGUAUGGUUCAUUAACCUCUACGUCCAGUCGCUCGCCAACAGUAGGAAAAGCGAAAUUUUGGAGAACCGAAUCGAAAACAUCAUCGACCACUUCACCAUAAGCAUCUACAAUAACGUCUGCCGGUCCUUGUUUGAAAAGGACAAGUUGCUUUUCUCCCUCCUUCUGUCCAUUGGGAUUUUGAAAGGGAAGAACGAAAUCGAUGAUGAAGUUUGGCGUUUUUUGUUGACCGGAGGGGUGGCCUUGGAGAACCCCUACCCCAACCCCGCCUCUGAGUGGCUGGGCGAGAAAGCUUGGGCCGAGAUUGUCCGCGCUUCGGGCCUCAAAAACCUUACUGGCUUGAUGGAUCACUUGGAGUCUCACGUCAUGGAGUGGAAAAGAAUUUAUGAUUCGGCUAAACCUCACGAAGAAGAGUUCCCCGGUGGGUGGCAUAAACUGGCGGGUCUUGACCGCAUGGUGGUGCUCCGGUGUUUGCGACCUGACAAAAUUAUCCCAGCCACCCAGCUGUUCAUCAUGGACAAAAUGGGGAGGACCUUCAUUGAACCUCCAACCUUCGAUCUCGCUGGAAGUUACAAUGACUCCAACUGCUGCGCCCCCCUGAUUUUUGUCCUGUCCCCGGGGGCUGAUCCCAUGGCAGGUUUGCUGAAGUUCGCCGAUGAUCUUGGAAUGGAGAGCAUCCAGACCAUUUCUUUGGGACAAGGACAAGGCCCCAUCGCAGCCAAGAUGAUCAACCAGGCGAUCAACGAUGGAACUUGGGUUGUGUUGCAGAACUGUCAUCUGGCCACCAGCUGGAUGCCUGCUUUGGAAAAAAUCUGCGAGGAAGUCAUCGUGCCUGAGAAUACCCAUGUCAAAUUCAGGUUGUGGCUGACCAGUUACCCAUCGGAAAAAUUUCCCGUCAGCAUCCUCCAAAACGGGAUCAAGAUGACCAAUGAGCCGCCCAAAGGUGUCCGUGCAAAUCUCCUCCGCUCCUACCUCAACGACCCGAUUUCCGAUCCCGCCUUCUUUUUAUCCUGUGAAAAAAAGGAAAUUUGGCACAAGAUGCUGUUUGGGCUAUGCUUCUUCCACGCCCUGGUGCAAGAACGGAGAAACUUUGGCCCACUGGGUGAGACAGAGGGCCCGCAGGUUUCCUCUCCCCAGUUGCAUUGGGGUUGUCCUGCUUGAAUAGCCUGAAGGUUCUUCA